ACGAAACGGCAGCGUUUCGUGCUCAUGCACUAAAAAACGCGGGAAACUUUUCCGCCAUUUCAACUAAGAUCCCAAAAAAAACCCACACUCUCUUCAACUCUAACGCCACAAUCCCCCAAUUCAGUGGUUCUCUUCAGACCCUCGCGAACCAUCAAGCCAAACCCAUCCCUAACACCAUGGACACCGAUGGGUUAUCUCUAAUCUGCAGUGGCCUUGGAGCCAUCGAAGAAGACGACCAAGACAACCGAAUCGGUUACUUAAAGGGCGAACACUGUCUCGAUAACCUGAAAGACUUGCUGAGGUUUUUGAGACGCGAUGACCCGCAAACACGUGACGUGUUCAAGCAAGUAUGUAAAUGGAACAUUGUUUCCAAAGAUUUGAUACCAAUCAUCGAACACUACCACGAAGAUCGUAGCUUGCUUCUCAAUGCAGUUAAGGUGUUGGUGUUCCUUACAAUGCCGAUUGAACCUGGUUCCACUGAUAUACCUCAGCAGUUGGAGUAUCUGUGGGAUUUGAAGUCUGCAGUGACUACCAGUGACGUUGCUAUGGUGAUAGUGUCGAUUCUAGAAAGACCACUUGAGAAUUUGGAACUUGGUGCAUUCACUGAGGAUGAUUGGAAAUUGGUACAGCUGGUUUUAACAUUAUUUAGAAACAUCCUUGCUGUUAAUGAAAUCCCAUUGCAUCAGAAAUCAGCAGGAUAUGCUAGUCAUUAUUUAUCUCUGAGAGAUAAAUUCCUUGAACUUUUGUUCCGCGAGAAUGUGAUGGAUAUAAUAUUGGUUUUAUCUCAAAAUGUUGGCAGUUCUAAUGUUUAUCUACGUCAGGAUAAUUUACUUCUGCUGGAAAUUUUCCAUUACAUUUUUGAGGGUCAGGAGCCAGAGUUGAUUGUCAGGGGCCAUUUGAAUGGAUCGAAGGUGGAUGAAGACUCUCAAGCUUCUCUUGAUAGUCUCCAGUCCAUCAUGGAGGAAGAAAAGAAGAAAAAAAUUAUUAGUAGGCUUGGCAAUAUUAGUCGGCAUUCACAAUUCAGUGGAACAUUUGCACGGGUUACCAUGGAUGGUUCUAAAGCUGUAUUUAAGGGCAAUCCUAGUUCUUCUCGUAAUAUGCAUCUUAAAUCACAAAAUGUCACUCGGGGCCCAGCCAAAAAAAUUGCGUGGGAUCAUCCAAGGUUGCCUUCAACAAAGGAUAAGAUAUUGGAGUUGCUUCAUGGAUUUGUAAAUCAGUUUCUUUCUGGGGGAUACAAUGUUUUGAUGCAAUCCAUCCGUGAAGAUAUUGUAAAGGAACAUCCUGCAGUUCAAAAAAGUGACAUCGUGGUUUUCUUUCAAGUGGCUGAAUUUGUCACUUCAUUUCAGUUUUACAAGUAUUCAGCUUUGAAGACAAAGGAGGGAAGGGAUGGCGAGUUUGAGACAUUUCAUGAUGCUGAUGCUUCAGAUAUUAGUGGUAAAGUAUGUGGCCCAAUCGAAGCAUCCUUGAAUGAGUCAAUGUUUCAGUUAGUCAUUUCAAAGUGGCGGAAUGCCUAUGAUGGUCUAAAGGAGACAAAAGACUACAAGUUUCUAUCUGCAGCUGGUUCUCUUUUGAAAAACAUGAUUCGCAUGCUGGAUUUAGUACUUAAAUUGCUGCCAGAUGACUCUAAGGAGCCGCAAACAGCACGCAUCCUUCUGUACAAGUUAUUUUAUGAUCAGACUGAAGAAGGGAUGACUCAACUCCUCUUGAAUUUGAUCAAAACAUUUGACACCCACAAACAAUGCAAAAGUGAUCUUGCAGAUUUGGUAGAAAUCAUCUGUAAGGUUGUAAAGCUAAUGGAUUAUCUUCAGUCUCGAGGAACAUUGAGGGUGUCAAAAAAAUCAAGGAAAUUGAAAAAGAAAAAUUCCAACGGAACAGAAUCAGGGAAUAAACCAACUGGAGAUCAUUCUUGCAUUAAAAAAGUUGGCAUUUCUGUUGACAAUCAAUUAGCUGAAAAUCAGUCACCGCAUUCCCUACCAAAUGCAAAUUCCACCGAGCAAGAAGACGUCGUCGUUGAUCAUAAUCAAGGACAUGAAAAUCUUGAGAAAGAUGUCAACUCCCAAGUUUGUUUGGAAUCAAUUAAAAACACACACCUUGAUGAUAAUGGACAUGAAAAUGUCGAGGAAGAUGUGAACUCCCAAGGUGGUUUAGAAUCAAUGAAAAAAACAAAACUUGAUGAUAAUGAAUAUGAAAAUGUUGAGGAAGAUGUGAACUCCCGAGUUGGUCUGGAACCAACGGAAAACAUAAAUCCUGAACAUCUUAAUGAGGAUAUGUUAGAUGACACUGGUGAUUUUUCUGAAGAUGAGCAAUUAAAUGAAAUUAGUGAAGUUGACUUCAAUGUUUCAACACUCGUCUCUGCCUUCGCAAACCACAGUAUUAUCCAGAAAUUAUGUUGGUUGCUCAAGUUUUAUAAAAGCAAUUCCCUGGCUAUAAAUCAUUACAUAAUAAGCAUGUUGCGGAGAAUUAGCGAUGAGCUUGAACUCCAUCCCAUGCUCUACCAGUUGUCGCUGCUCACAACUUUUUAUGACAUCCUUGUUGAGCAAAAGUCAUGCCCCUGCAAGGAAUAUGCAAAUAUUGUUGAUUUCUUGAACAGUUUGGUCAGAAAGAUGCUAAAGAAAAUGAAAAAGCAGCCCCUCCUAUUUGUUGAAGUCCUUUUCUGGAAGACCCGAAGAGAAUGCCAUUACAUCAAUGCAGAAUAUAUGUUGGGUGAGCUUGGCCAUUUGAAAAAAGAAAGUAAAAAUUGGAAUGAUACUCAAGGAGAUGGAGAAAUUGGUUCAUCCCCAAUGAAGCCGUGGACUCGUAGAAGCAUAGCUGAUGCACUUGGUGACGAUGAAGCGGAUGUCGUGAUCUCUCCUGACUCGAGAUAUGAAAACUAUGGAGAAAAGCUUGAUGAUGUUGAAGGCUUUGCUUCUACCUCAGGCAGUAAGAGUGGCAGAGAUGAUAACGAUGGGGAGCAAUUGUUGGAAGAUGAAUCUCGAAAAGCUCCAAGGAGAAAGAAAAAACUUAUUCUUGAUGCUGAAUUGGAGACACAAAUUAAGGAACUCUAUGAGAAAUUCAAAGAUGACCGAAAUUGCAGUGGACGUAUUGCUGAAGUGCUAGAUCGAGAUGGUAAAAUUUCUCCAGCUCAAAUUUCCAAUAAAUUAAAAAAAUUAGGGCUGACAACUGCAUCAAGGAAAAAGAAGGGCGGCGCUGAUGAAACUUUUCCAACAAGCCCUAAUCAAUUAGAAGGUGGAUUAGGAGAAGUUGAGAAUCAUAAAUCAGUGAAUUUAGAGGGAAGCCUGUUGGUUCAGCAUCAGCAGAAAAGAAGAAGAGUCAGUGCUUUCAAUGAAGAUCAGGAAACUCUUAUCAAAGUUCUAUAUGAGCAAUUCAAGGACCAUAGAAGAUGUAGCUAUAUGAUAGCCAAUGCACUGGACGUGGAUGGUAAAUUCACACCUGCCCAAGUCUCUCGAAAACUUAAGCAACUUGGAUUAUGUGUUCCUCAAAAGAGUUUCCGAGGAAAAACCCACCAAAAGAGUGAGGAUCUUAUGAAUAGAAUGGAUGAAUCUGAUGAUGAGACACUGAUAUCAUUGAAAGAUAGGAAAAACGUGAAGAAAAGAAAAGAAUCAAGUGAACAAUUACAUGAACAGACUGGCAAGGAUAAAUUGUCAAAUGAUGAUUCUGAUGAUGAAAUACUGGGAUCUAUCAUCAAGAAAAAAGUGAAGAAUAGAAAAGAAUCAAGUGAACAAUUACAUGAACAGACCGGCGAGGAUAAAUUGUCAAAUGAUGAUUCUGAUGAUGAAAUACUCGGCUCUAUCCUCAAGAAAAAAGUGAAGAAUAGAAAAGAAUCAAGUGAACAAUUACAUGAACAGACCGGCGAGGAUAAAUUGUCAAAUGAUGAUUUUGAUGAUGAAAUACUCGGGUCUAUCCUCAAGAAAAAAGUGAAGAAUAGAAAAGAAUCAAGUGAACAAUUACAUGAACAGACCGGCGAGGAUAAAUUGUCAAAUGAUGAUUUUGAUGAUGAAAUACUCGGGUCUAUCCUCAAGAAAAAAGUGAAGAAAAGAAAAGAAUCAAGUGAACAAUUACAUGAACAGACCGGCGAGGAUAAAUUUUCAAAUGAUGAUUCUGAUGAUGAAAUAUUCUCUAUCCUCAAGAAAAAGAAGAAUAGAUCAGUAUCCAGUGAACACUUACAUGAACUCACCAAUGAGGAAGAAAUGUCUAGAGAUGAUUCUGAAGAUGAAAUGCUCCGAUCUGCACUGAAUGAAAAUCAAGUAGGUUUCAUGAAUUCUCACCAAGUAGAACAUAAGCAAGUGGAUCCUGACUUGGAAGAUUCAGAGGAUGAAGUGGCUAUUAAUGUACUUCCUGAGAAUGCUGUAUCCAGAAGGAAGCUGAGAAUGGUGAUUGAUCUUGAGGAUGACGACUGAUGUGGAAGCAUGACUAAAAUACAUGUUUGCUUCCAUUUUGUACAAAUAUUAUGUAUUGAACUGAUUAUUUAAGUUUUGAUCUUUUUUUUGUAUAGUUGGUUGUCAUUGCUCAAACAGCAUAACAUCCCUAUGAAAGUAAUUUCCCCAUUUAUUUUUUAA